AUGGCGCCCUCCUACAUGGUAUUCGAUCAACGGGCCGUCAACACGGCCGGACCACAUCUCCUCAAGCGCGAUCUCAGCGUCACUCACACCCAGGCCGUGACGCUGGGUGUGAUGGCCGCAUACGUGGUGGUGAUUGCGCUGCUUUGGAACCUGCCGUAUGUGCGCUGGUCGUUGUGGCCGUUCAAAAUGUUAGUGAUUGCGUUCCACGAAUUCGGCCACGCCAUUACCGCCUGCUGUACCGGAGGUCGAGUCAAAUCCAUUUCGCUGGAUCCGCACGAGGGAGGCGUCACGCAUAUGCAAGGCGGAAUGAGCGCCAUUACUCUACCGGCGGGAUAUCUGGGGUCGUCGAUUAUCGGGUCGCUGUUGAUAUUCGCCGGGUUUGAUAUUGUCGCGAGCAAGGUGGCUAGUAUUAUUCUGGGGGUUUGCUUUCUUCUUACGCUUUGGUGGGCGAGGAGGGAUUGGUUGACGAUUGUUACGGUUCUGUUGGCGGUGGGAUUGCUCGUCGCGUGUUGGUUUAUUGCGCAUGGAGAGGCGCUGAAAUGGGUUGUGUUGUUUAUUGGGGUUAUGUCUGCGCUGUAUAGUGUUUGGGAUAUUUGCGAUGACUUGAUCCUUCGCAAAGUCAACACCUCGGACGCUAGUCAGUUUGCGAAGAGAUAUGGAGGCUCCUCUCAAUGCUGGGGUGUCAUCUGGUCUUUCAUUUCUCUUGCAUUCGUCGCUGUUGCUAUCGUUGCUGCGAUUGCGGCCUUUCGCGAGUCGUUUAGCGAGCAAGAGAAGGCAUCGCAGCAUUUUAUUCCGACUUGAUCCAGACCAGGUUAUGUUGUCAUGAUUAAUGAGUCGAGUCAUGAGGCUGGUUAGGGGAAGUUGUGAUUUCGUUAAUGAUACCAUUUGUUUUCUUUUAUUGUCUGCUGGCAGAUAGGAAUGAUUCAUCCGAGCCAACAUACAGUAGCGUAGUC